AUGCGCUUCAAAUCUCUGUCGACGUGGCUGCCUCUGCUGCUCCAACUUGCUACAGAGGGCGCAGGCCUUUCGAACCACCCCAAUGCGCGUAUUGAGAAUUGCAUGAGGCAUCAUGAUGGAAGCCAGCAGAUCAAACAGUCUAACAACACCUAUCAGACCAUGUUCCCCGGGGUAACGUGGGACGAAGACCAAUGGAUUUUGACCACGAACACUCUCGACCAAGGCCACUACCAAUCGCGCGGCUCAGUUGCGAAUGGCUACUUCGGCAUCAGUGUUUCCAGCGUUGGCCCAUUUUUCGAGCUUGACGUCCCUGUCGCUGAUGAUGUGAUUAACGGCUGGCCACUAUAUUCGCGACGGCAAUCAUUCGCGACUAUUUCUGGAUUUUAUGACCUGCAGGCGGAAACCAACGGAUCCAACUUCCCGUGGAUAAACCAGUACGGUGGUGAAAGUGUGAUUAGUGGUGUGCCUCACUGGAGUGGACUUAUUCUUGACCUGGGAGGUGACGACUAUCUCGAUUCGACCGUGGACAGCCAGACACUUAGCGACUUCCAGUCUAGCUUUGAUUUCAAAGCUGGUGUUCUGUCAUGGGCGUAUAACUGGACUCCAGCAGGCGACAAAGGCUCAUACGCGAUCAAGUAUCGACUUUUCGCAAACAAAUUGGAUGUUAACCAUGCAGUGGUGGACAUGGAGAUUACUCCUUCCAAGAACGUCCAGGCCAGUGUUGCCAAUGUCUUGGAUGGAUACUCCGCUGUGCGUACUGAUUUUGUCGAGUCCGGGGAAGACGAUGGCGCCAUAUUUUCAGCUGUCCGCCCGUGGGGGAUCCCCGAUGUUUCUGCUUACUUUUACGCGAACAUCACCGGCUCCGAAGGCGUUGACUUAUCGUCUCGCCGACGCGUAACCGGAAAGUCAUACGUGAGCACCAACGAGUCGUCGAUUGCGCAGGCGGUUGAUGUAAAAUUUGUCGCGAACCAGACGGUUCGCAUUACCAAGUUCGUUGGUGCUGCAUCAACGGAUGCUUUCACGGACCCUCAGACGACCGCAAAGCAAGCAGCAUCUCAAGCACUGGGUUCUGGAUACCGUCGUUCCCUACAAUCGCACGUUAGGGAAUGGGCAACUAUCCUGCACGAGAAUUCCGUCGACCGUUUCGUCAACCCCGCCACAGGAAGGCUCCCAGACGACGAUAACAUCAUCAACUCCGCGAUCAUUGCCGUGACGAAUACGUAUUACCUCCUGCAAAACACUGUUGGGAAGAAUGCCAUCCGUAAGGCAGCAAACGCGCCACUUAACGUGAACAGUCUUGCGGUGGGUGGAUUGGUCUCGGAUUCAUAUGCUGGCAUGAUUUUCUGGGACGCCGACGUUUGGAUGCAACCUGGUCUCGUAGCAUCUCAUCCCGAAGCAGCCCAAGCUGUGACGAAUUUCCGGACGAAACUGUACCCCCAGGCGAAGAGAAAUAUCGAGACGACUUACAGCGGGUCAAAGAAUGCGACACAUAUUGAUCCGUCGGCUGCCAUAUACCCCUGGACAAGUGGUCGCUUCGGUAAUUGCACUGGAACAGGGGCCUGCUGGGAUUACCAGUAUCAUUUGAACGGCGACAUUGGGCUGUCAUUGAUAUACCAGUGGGUGACGAGCGGUGAUACGGAUACUUUCCGCGAGCAGCAUCUGCCCAUCUACGACUCUGUUGCUUCACUAUAUGCUAGCAUAGUGGAGCGCAACGGAAGCGCCUGGACGUUGACUAACAUGACGGACCCUGAUGAAUACGCCAAUGAGAUUGACGCCGGAGGGUUUACUAUGGCGAUGAUAUCUGAAACUCUCCAGUAUGCCAAUCAAUUCCGCAAGCAAUUCGACAUUGAGACGAACGAGACAUGGGCCGAGAUAUCGGACGAUGUGCUGCUGCUGAGGGAGAAUGGGGUGACGAUGGAGUACACGACAAUGAAUGGAACUGCUGCAGUCAAGCAGGCGGAUAUCGUACUGGUAACUUAUCCGCUUGUGUACGACAACUACACCGCGGAAACUGCUCUAACGGACUUGGACUACUAUGCGAACCGACAAUCCGCAGACGGGCCUGCCAUGACAUGGGCCAUUUUCUCCAUCGUCGCUGGCGCUGUCUCUCCUUCCGGUUGUUCAGCGUACACCUAUCACCAGUACUCCUACGCUCCAUAUGCACGGGCCCCGUUCUUCCAACUCUCUGAACAGAUGCUGGACAAUGCCGACAUUAAUGGGGGCACACACCCGGCCUAUCCGUUCUUGACUGGCCAUGGGGGCGCCAACCAGGUUGUCUUAUUCGGCUAUCUUGGGCUUCGACUAUUACCUGAUGAUGCGAUCCACAUUGAGCCGAACCUCCCACCCCAGGUUCCGUACGUGAAAUAUCGGACCUUCUACUGGCGUGGAUGGCCAAUAUCGGCCCAGUCCAACUACACGCACACUGUCGUCCAACGCGCACAAGAGCCCCCGCUUGACACCGCUGACCGUAGAUUCGCGAAUGCCACAAUCCCAGUUUAUGUUGGUCUCGUUGAAAAUGCGACACUACACCAGCUUCCUGCCCGUGGGCCUCUUACUGUUCCCAACCGACAGAUUGGCACAGUGAACACCAUCGAGGACAACCUCAUCCAGUGCAGUCCUGUCUUCUCCACCGAUAGUUUUGAGCAAGGGCAGUUCCCAAUAUCGGUUGUCGACGGUGCCACAUCGACCCGCUGGCAGCCGACGUCAUCCAAUGCCAGCUCAGUUACUGUUAACAUGGGAUUGAUGAUGGAUCUGUCGCAGACCGAGGCAUGGGGGUUCCACUUUGAAUGGGCGGAGGCACCACCGGUGAAUGCCACUGUCAUUUUCCACGAUACUCCGUUGCAGAACCCGGCUUCGGCUUUGAGAUCUCCUGGCCCCAAUGUGCGGGUUGUAGCGGAACUGACAAACAUCGAGCAGUCGCAGCCGUACAACGCGGAUGCCGCGGAUGCGAAUGAGAUCAAGCUUCCUGUGGGGAACGCGACCACCCUCCAGCUCGACGAACAUGUCCCAGUCAGUCGGUACGCCACCCUUGUGAUAUCAGGAAACCAGGCCCUUGCAGAUGGCGACGAGCAGACGGGCGCGACCGUGGGGGAAUGGGCGAUCCUCGGACCAACUCCGGGAAAAGCCCAAAGACACAUCAAACGAGUGCCAAUACUGUGA